AGUAGCUUGUAUAAAUAAACUAAUGCAUACACACCAGAGAGAAUAUAAUAAAAUCUGUAUUGUGGGAGCUCCCAAAGAAGAGCAGAAUUAUCAGAGGAGAUUAGCCAAGUAAAUGGCAGCUUACUUCUGGCCUCUUCUUCUGCUCUGUUUCUCAGGUUUUUUUGUUAGGAACAAUGGCCUCGGAGUUGGGAUUAACUAUGGCCAAAUCGCGAACAAUCUCCCUUCUCCCUCGCGGGUCUCUUCUCUGCUAAAUUCUCUGAAUAUCAGCAGAGUAAAGCUCUAUGAUGCUGAUCCAAAUGUAUUAACUGCAUUUGCCAAUUCGAAUGUUGAAUUUAUCAUUGGACUAGGGAAUGAAUAUCUUCAGACAAUGAAUGAUCCGACGAAAGCUCAAACUUGGAUUCAAGAACAUCUUCAGCCACACCUGACUAGGACCAAGAUUUCCUGCAUUCUGGUUGGAAAUGAGGUCUUUGCAAGCAAUGAUACUCAAUUAAGAUCGUAUCUCCUUCCUGCAAUGCAAUCGGUUUAUGGAGCUCUAGUAAAUCUUGGCCUAAGUGAAAAAGUCUAUGUAACAACUGCACAUUCUCUUCAACUCUUAGCUAAUUCGUUCCCACCAUCUGCAGGGAGUUUUAGAGAUGAUCUUGUUGAAUACAUAGAGCCCAUUCUGGGUUUUCAUUCUCAGACUAAAUCGCCAUUUCUGAUAAACGCGUAUCCUUUUUUUGCAUACAAGGAUAGCCCAGAUCAAGUUUCAUUAGACUACGUGCUCUUCCAGCCUAAUCAAGGACUGAAAGAUCCAGUUACAGAUCUGAACUAUGAUAAUAUGUUGUAUGCACAAAUUGAUUCUGUGUAUUCAGCAAUGCGUGCAUUGGGCCAUACUGAUGUAGAAGUUCAAAUUUCUGAGACCGGUUGGCCCUCAAGGGGGGAUCCGAACGAGGUAGGAGCUACAGUAGAAAAUGCUGGAUUGUACAACAGAAAUUUGUUAAGAAGGAUAGAAGAAAGACAAGGUACUCCAGCAAGACCAUCAGUACCAAUCGACGUAUAUGUGUUUGCACUUUUUAAUGAGAACCUAAAGCCAGGUCCAUUAUCAGAAAGGAACUAUGGUCUGUACUAUCCUAAUGGCAAUCCGGUUUAUGACAUCGGGGUACAUGGAUAUCUUCCUCGUAUUGAGUACUCAGCUUCUUACUCAGCUUCCCAGCAGAAUGGAAUUUCAUUGAUAAUAUUUGCCUUGGUUCCCCUUGCCAUUUUACUCUUAAAGUGAAUGUGAGGAAGUUCAGCUUCAUCUCUUCUGGAAAAUCACGGAGGCAUCUUGUAGGGAGUGUUGACACUAUUUUGUUUGAUGCUGAAACCGCAAAAAGCUCUUCUGUUGCUUUAACAUCCCUGGUGUUCUUGUCAAGUUCUGCUUUUAAGUAAAUCAUGCAUUACAAUGGUCCCAAGAGGAUAAGAUAGCUGGAUCCAUGAAUCGACUUGGGCAAAUCUAUCACAAUAUUUUACCCCACCUGGAAAGCUACUAAUAUAGUAGGGGAAAUAAAAGUCAAGUUAGCGGUUCUUUUAUAAUAUUAACGUGUUACGAAAAGGGCUUACCAUGAUCA